AUGGGCACCCUACGGGAUCUUCAGUAUGCCCUGCAGGAGAAGAUUGAGGAGCUACGGCAGCGCGACACCCUGAUCGAUGAGCUGGAGUUGGAACUGGAUCAGAAGGAUGAGCUGAUCCAGCGGCUGCAGAACGAGCUGGACAAGUACCGGUCCGUGCUCCGUCCCGCCACCGCCCAGCAGGUCCAGGCCCAGCAGCAAAGCCUCGUCCUGCAGCCAGACCAGCACCGCAGCAAACGGCAGGCCAUUUCCGCUGAGCCCACCGCCUGCGACAUCGCUGACCUCAGCCACGUCACCCUGCCCUUUUACCCCAAGAGCCCACAGUCGAAGGAGAUGAUAAAGGAGGCCAUCUUGGAUAACGACUUCAUGAAGAACCUGGAGCUGUCUCAGAUCCAGGAGAUCGUGGACUGCAUGUACCCGGUGGAUUAUGGCAAAGACGCCUGCAUCAUCGAAGAGGGCGACGUGGGCUCUCUGGUCUACGUGAUGGAAGAGGGGAAGGUGGAGGUGACUAAAGAGGGGAUGAAGUUGUGUACGAUGGGACCUGGCAAAGUGUUCGGAGAGCUGGCCAUCCUCUACAACUGCACCAGGACGGCUACUGUCAGGACUCUGAUCCAUGUGAAGCUGUGGGCGAUUGACCGUCAGUGUUUCCAGACCAUCAUGAUGAGAACCGGACUCAUCAAACAUGCCGAGUACAUGGACUUCCUCAAGAGCGUUCCCACCUUCCAGGGUCUUGCAGAGGAAACGCUCAGUAAACUGGCCGAUGUCAUGGAGGAGACUCAUUAUGACGACGGGGAGUACAUCAUCAGACAGGGAGCCAGAGGAGACACCUUCUUCAUCAUCAGCAAGGGAAAGGUGAAUGUGACCCAGGAGGAUUCAGCCAAUCAGGAGCCGACACAUCUCAGAGAGCUCACCAGGGGAGACUGGUUUGGAGAGAGAGCACUACAGGGGGAGGAUGUCAGAACAGCCAACGUCAUCGCUGCCGAGGCCGUCACCUGCCUGGUCAUUGACCGAGACUCAUUCAAGCAUCUGAUUGGUGGACUGGACGACGUUUCAAACAAAGGCUACGAGGACGCUGAAGCUAAAGCCAAGUACGAGGCAGAAAACGCCUUCUUCUCCAGUCUGAAGCUGACCGACUUCAACAUCAUCGACACGCUGGGAGUCGGCGGCUUCGGACGCGUCGAGCUGGUGCAGCUGAAGAACGAGGAGGCGAAGACGUUCGCCAUGAAAAUCCUGAAGAAGCGUCACAUCGUCGACACGAGACAGCAGGAACACAUCCGCUCUGAGAAACACAUCAUGACCGAGGCGCACUCCGACUUCAUCGUCCGGUUGUACCGGACCUUCAAAGACAGCAAAUAUCUGUACAUGCUGAUGGAGGCCUGUCUGGGAGGAGAGCUGUGGACGAUACUGAGAGACAGGGGCUCGUUUGAAGAUUCGACCACCAGGUUUUACACAGCCUGUGUGGUCGAAGCCUUCGCCUACCUGCACGCCAAAGGCAUCAUAUACAGAGACCUGAAACCUGAAAACCUCAUACUGGACAGCCGGGGAUACGCCAAGCUGGUGGACUUUGGUUUCGCCAAGAAGAUCGGUGUCUGUAAGAAGACGUGGACGUUCUGCGGAACGCCGGAGUACGUCGCUCCUGAGAUCAUCCUCAACAAAGGUCACGACGUCUCCGCAGACUACUGGUCUCUGGGCAUCCUGAUGUACGAGCUGCUGACGGGCAGUCCGCCGUUUUCAGGUCCAGAUCCGAUGAAAACCUACAACAUCAUCCUGCGAGGCAUCGACAUGAUCGAGUUCCCCAAGAAGAUCACCAAGAACGCCGCCAACCUCAUCAAGAAGCUCUGCAGAGAUAAUCCGUCAGAGAGACUUGGAAACCUGAAAAACGGAGUCAAAGACAUCCAGAAGCACAAGUGGUUUGAAGGUUUCAACUGGGAGGGUCUGAGGAAAGGAACCCUGACUCCGCCCAUCACACCUGAUGUUUCCUCUUCAACCGACACCAGUAACUUUGACAGUUUCCCUGAAGACACAGAUGAGCCGCCACCGGACGACAACUCCGGAUGGGACUAUGACUUUUAGUCCAGCUCACAUCCAAACCCAAAGCCGGACGCCCGACAGCUAAAGGACGACCUCUCGCCGAGCUGAUUGAAGAUGGCCUUCAUGGGUCAUUUGGAGGACGUUUUUACUCAAAUCUCCUUACUGUGACUUUGACUGUGUUGUUUUUAACUGGACCCUGUUUGGACCCUCGAUGCUUUGUAGCCACAGUGUGUCACCAAAUGAUUUGAGUACUGAGUGUGAAGAAGGCAGCAGAUGGAAAAAGAGUGGACACCAGGUCUCGCUGGUCAAACUGGUCCAGUCUGUUCCCUCUAACUGGAGGAAUCCAGGACCUGCCAGAGCACGGAAGAUGAGGUGGUCCAAGGAUGAGACAAACCACCUGUUCACAUCAACAGUUUGCCCCUUUUCUCAAGACCAGGGCCAGUUGUUUAUCAUGUCUCUCAAGCGUUGGCAAAGCAUCCAAGAUGUUUCAAGAUGAC